GUGGUUUCGGUUGGCUGGGAGGAAGAGGAAUAACGAAUGUGGAGCCAAGAAGAAUUCCUCGUUGGCGAACGGCGCUGGGGCGAGAAGCGACAAUAUCCACAGGAUUUCUGAAACGUUUUUACGGACUACACAUGUCUCCUUAGGGAAAUUUAGGGAAGUUUUCCCCUCGCGCGUUCCAGGGUCGGCUAAGAUCACUCCAUCUUCUGACAGCUUGGUGACGCCCACAAAAGGAACUGACUGGCCCGUAACUUAUGGCUUCCUUGGGACUUUCUCUGGUCUGUGAUUUAAGUGGCCUUUGAGCUUCCAGGUUGGUCCAGAAGGAUUAGGAAAGGUGAGUCCUUUCCUACCAAAGAAAUGAGUGUGGGAGGAGGAAGCAACAGCAGCGUGGAGCUUGUCCAUCUCUUCUUCUCACUGAACACCAGCAGUAUCGAUCCAGGAUGCUCUCUCCCCUACGACCCCUGCCCUCCUUUUUGGCCCUGAGACUACAGUGGGCUCCAUGAACAUGUACAGAGACACAGGGGUGUGUGCCACCCCUCUCUCUCAACCUCUUCCUCCACCCCACCUCCGUCUACCCCUUCAUAAUGGCCACUCUUCCGUGGGCGAACCAGCCCCGUCCCGUGUCUCCGUGCCCAAAAUGGGGGUUCGAGCUCGAAUUGCUGAGUGGCCUCCUCGCAGGGCACUUUCACGAGAAUCGCUGCUUGAGAAUGGCCAGGGCAGUCAUCCGGAUGACCUCAACAGCGAGGAUGGGCUUACUCGUGGAGGUGUGACCAGGUUACCACAGCGAGGUACCAGGGAUGGUGACUUCCUUGAAUCAGGUCUAAUGAGGGCUCCAGGCACACCACCAAGGUUUCGGACAUCUGGAUUCGCUCCACUCCGACAGCGCUCCAACAGCGAGAUAACAUUGAGUGAACAAGAUGAAACAGAGGUCGAAGGCCAUUUGUUUCGGGAAUAUGGCAGUACUUCUUCCAUCAAUGUACAGGCAGUGUCUGAGCAAAGCUUCUUUGACAUGCUCAGCCAGUUUCAACAGGAGCGACCAGACCAGCGUAGCACAGCCCCUGUAAAGCUUGGAGAUCUGCUUGGUGCUUCUUUAGAGGGACCCACUUCACACGCCUUCUUGUCGACUCCACGGCCUGAUGACCGCCCAGAGAAUCGUGUACGCAAAAAGAGUGGUGGCACAGAGUCAUCUCUUGGUACCUCCUCCUUAUUCCGCAAACUCCGCAGCUCCAGCCGGGGAGAAACAGAGACUCCACGAGGCGACUCGGAUGACAUACGACCCCCUGAGACAUUGUCUUCCAAACCCUGGGUAUGUGUGCGGAGUUUUGCCCACUUUGAUGCUCAGAGCGUUCUGUUUGACUUGCACGAGGCAGCAGCUCGUCGCAGCUACGCUGCCCAGCGGCGAAACACAGCCACCGGAGCUUCAGCUGCUUCUUCGGCUGCUGUUUCUUUGGCAGUUUCCAGAGCUAUUGCUCUGGGGGGAGUGGAGCCCAGCUUCUCCAGCACUGAUGACCUCAGUGUCAGGGACCUAUCGGAAGGAUCAACCACAGUACUGGAACAUUCAGAGCAGGGUGGUUCAGCUAGCGUUAAUGCCAACUCUCAGCACCAGCUGUUGCUGAGCUGCCCGCACUUCAUCAAUGAGACCGGAAGCUACAGGGAACGGAAUGUCAGCUUUCUGAGCUCAUGGGCGGAGCGGGGAGAGGCUGGCAUCGUGGAGGCCCGGCUUCGUCCACGCUGCAGUAAUGCCAGUGUGUCCAAACUGGAAGUGCCACCAGAGGUUCAAGCCACCAGGUUAGAGAGACUACAGCUACACUGCAUCGAGCACGUUGACCUGGGUGCCAGAUACUACCAUGAGCACUUCUAUGGGAAAGAGCACUGGAACUACUUUGGUACCGAUGAGAAGCUGGGGCCCGUGGCUCUGAGCAUUCGAAGAGAGAAACUGGAUGAUACCAAAGAUUUAAAGGACCAGUACCAGUACCGCAUCAUCUUUCGUACCAGUGAGCUGGUCACAUUACGAGGAGCGAUCCUAGAGGACGCAAUUCUGUCCACAGCAAAGCACGGAACGGUUCGUGGUUUGCCUUUAAAGGAGGUUCUGGAGUAUGUGCUCCCAGAACUCAGCGUGUCCUGUCUGCGAUUGGCUCUCAGCACGCCAAAGGUCACAGAGCAGCUUCUUAAACUGGAUGAGCAGGGGCUUAGUCAGAAACACAAAGUGGGCAUCCUGCUGUGUCGAGCAGGACAGAGCACGGAGGAGGAGAUGUACAACAAUGAAGAGGCUACGCCAGCCUUCACCGCCUUCCUGGAGCUGCUGGGAGAAACUGUGUGUCUGAAGGGUUUCAACAAAUAUGCUGCCCAGCUAGACACCAAAACGGACUCAACUGGAACACACUCCCUGUAUACAACCUAUCAGGACUAUGAGAUCAUGUUUCACGUGUCCACCAUGCUUCCAUACAUGCCCAGCAAUCCUCAACAGCUCCUGAGGAAGAGGCACAUAGGAAAUGAUAUAGUCACGAUUAUAUUCCAGGAGCCGGGAGCCCAACCGUUCACUCCACAGAAUAUUCGCUCUCACUUCCAGCACGUGUUCGUCAUUGUCCGUGUGCACAGCCCUUGCUCUGACAACACCUGCUACAGUGUUGCAGUGACCCGCAUGAAGGACGUCCCUCCGUUUGGUCCACCGCUACCUUCAAAUGGCCUGACGUUCCGGGACCCAGCUGCCUUCCGUGCUUUCCUGCUGGCCAAGAUCAUCAACGCAGAGAACGCUGCGCACAAAUCAGAGAAGUUCCAUGCUAUGGCAACACGCACGCGCCAAGGAUACCUGCGGGACCUGGCGGAGAACUGUGUUUCCACUACGCCACUCGACACUGCUGGCAAGCUGAACAAUCUCAUCUCGCUGGCCUCCAAACGCAAGGAACGCGUCCGGGCACGUGAGGGAGCAGAAAUGGGUGCCUUAGGGGCGCUGAUUUGGCGCGUACUUGCGCAGGACUUCAGUGGCGGAGGCGCCGAGCUUCCCUGUGCUCUCGCCAUCUCCAGCGAGUACAUUGUCCUGGCGGACUGCUCCACCAAAGAGGUGGUGUUUAACUGUUUCUGUGCUGAUGUGAUUGGUUGGAUGGCAGAGAGACUUGCACUGAAGAUUUUCUAUGGCAGAGGAGACCAUGUUGCCUUACGGGUACCAGAGGGCAGUGCGCAAGAUAUCAGAGAGGUGGUGCAGAGACUUAAGGCAUUGACUAUAGGUUGUGAGACAGUUGAUAUGACGUUACGACGUAAUGGUUUAGGCCAGCUUGGUUUCCAUGUGCGUUUGGACGGAACUGUGUCCGAAGUGGAGGAAUACGGCUUCGCUUGGCAGGCGGGACUCCGGCAGGGUAGUCGUUUGGUGGAAAUCUGCAAAGUUGCCGCAGUGACACUCUCCCACGAGCAGAUGAUCGACCUACUGCGGACUUCGGUCACCGUGAAAGUGGUCAUUAUUCCACCUUUUGAAGAGGGAGGGGCCCGCAGGGGCUGUACGGAGGAGUACGAGAUGAAGAUGAUGGAGCAGAAGGGAGAAGCGGAGCCAGUGGCUGCAGGGUAUCGUGUUGGGCAGCGAACCCCAGUAUGGCGCUGGGACAGCCCACCUGGUACACACAGCUCUGCUCAGCGCUGGACCCCCAGCGGACCCCCACCAGUCCCCAGCCGUACACACAAAGCCCUGGUCCCCAUUCCAUACAGAGAGCCCCAACACAUCUCUGCUAAAAGGCCUGUCAGUUACCCAGAGAACCAUUACAGUGUGUCUCCUCUUGCCGGGGACAGAGGGAUGCAGUACAGAAACCCUUCGGCUAGUUUCUCCAGUCCAGGCUCUGGGUUCAGCUCCAGCGCACUGGGGGUGCCGGGACUCAGCGGACCCUUUGUCCACUAUAAACCCACUCGAGACGGGUUUGGGUCAGUCCAGCGGCCUCUCCAGCCAUUUGAUCCACAUGUUACAGUCGAUGUCUCUAGUGGAGAAUCAUCAUCUGGUUUCACUAGCCAAGAAAGCACGAUGGAGCGCAACAAGUCAGAGCCCAUGUGGCAUGUUCCUGCUUCAUCACGAGGUGUGUCAGUGGGCUCAGCUCCGAGAAGACAGACUCGACAGGACGUUGCAGGGAAGGACUCUCCAAACCGCCACUCUAAGGGUGAGGCACACUAUUCCAGUCACUCCAGCAGUAACACGCUCUCCAGUAAUGCUUCCAGCAGUCACAGCGACGAGCGCUGGUUUGACAGCGUGGGAGGUGUGGUUUCCGGUGCCCUGAGUGACCCCUCAGACCCAGACCCUGACCCUAUGGGCAAGGGAGGCUCCAGUGACAGUGGCAUCGAUGCAUCUCUCUACACGCCAAGUCCCAACACUAAAGGAGCCAAACCUAGCCGCAGCCUUGCAGGAACCCCCCAUAAACCUUUGCAUGGUUCUGCUACCUACAGCGGCUUGCAGGAGCUGUCCGGAGCAGGAGGGAGGGCGGGAGGAGAGGAUCGUCGCAGGGAGUCUUCACCCGUCAUUGCAUUUGCAAAUCAAAGCAAGAACUAUCGCACCCGCACAUUCCCCCCUCCUGGAUCAGCCAACGUCGACAACUUCAAACCAAGGUCCUGCUAUACCCCUCAAGGGUACAAGACCCCUGCUGUGGCUGAUAAACCCCGGCCUUUCAGAUCUUCAACAGUCACACCCAUGUCAGGCUCCGCCCAGCUGUCAAGCUCCGUCCCCAAGUCCUUUAGUAAAACCAAGAGUGCAUGGCAACAGGAGGAGAACAGCACAGCAACCAGCACCACCUCCACUGACAGCAACAGCUGCAAGCAGCUGGAUAUGAACAGUAAGAACGUGUUCGGACAGCCCCGGUUACGUGCCUCUCUGAGGGACCUGCGCUCACCACGCAGAUCUCACAAGAGCACCAUUGAGGACGACUUGAAAAAGCUCAUCAUCAUGGACAACCCUACAGAGACACCAUCACGGGAUGGGUCUCCUCAUCGGACCCUGCAACGUACUUUCUCAGAUGAGAGUCUGUGCAGUGGACGGAGAGAUUCUAGUUAUGCAAGCACGCCUCUUUUUGAAGGACAAGUGCCGCCCAGUGACCUUCUCUUCACCUGCACGCUGCCUACUCGACGCCACGGACACAACACCAAUCAUGGAGCCCUCGUGCCUAGUAAGAAAGUACCAUUGUCUGCAUCAGAAUUAUCUCUGACUGAGGUGAGGGAUAAGGUUCCACCUCUCAGAAGACUGGACCCUGGACUCAUGCCCCUUCCUGACACUGCCUGUGGUCUAGAGUGGUCCAGCCUCGUCAGUGCGGCCAAAGCAUAUGAAGUGCAAAGAGCUGUUUCUUUAUUUUCAUUGUCUGAGUCUCACGCGGGCGGCAAUGAGUUGAGACCCGUCAUCAGCCCGGUGCAUUUCCACACGCCACAGACUCCCCGCACCACUCCUACUUUCAGCAGUGAAGAGGUUCCCAAUGACCUGUCUGGCCGUCUAUAUCAUCUGGAAGUCAUGCUGAAACAGCUGAACAAUGAUCUGGAAAAAGAGAAACAGGACAAGUCCACGUUAUUAGCAGAGAUGGCUAAUCUGAGGCAGAACAACCAGCGUCUGCAGGAGGAAUCGCACUCAGCCAGUGAACAGCUCCGCAAGUUCAGCAAACUCUUAUCCUCUACCAUACCCGAGAGGAAAUGACUGUCCCCUUUCAUUUGAGAGAAGAUGAGAUUUGCCUAAUAUGGCACGUUCAGUGCCAACAGCUAAUUUACUUCACAGUCUCUUAUUGUCCAGUACAUCCACUGUCCCGCUCGCCCUCAUCUAGAUCCUCACCACACUCCAAAACUGUGAGCUUUACGAAAGUGUGACGGAAGGAAACCGAAAUCUGCCUGAUGAUUUGAGACUUCAAAUCUUUAACUUAAAGCCGGUACAGAAGUACAAAUGUCUAUUUUUAAACAAACAAACACACGAUUCCUACCUUGAAACGAGCGAGCUCCUCAUCUGAUCGAACUACUUUCGGAACUAUUUUCUCAGUGUAGAUUUAUUUUUGUACUCGACGAGUCGACACUAAGCUUGAGCCAGUAAAACUGCGAGACGCUGAACAUCAGAGAGGCCUAUUUACUGCACAGUCAGCUCAACAGCCAAAAAAAAGCAACAGAAAAUCGACACCAGAGCCACAUGAGAGACCCUACCUUUCCCAAAACGUUGAGAGAAAUCACGGUACUGUAAUUGUGAAGAAAAAGGAAUGACUCGCAGAUAACAUGUCACUGUAAAUUAUAAUUCUACAUCGCACAUCUCAUGUGCAGGUACAUUGUGUUCAUAUUUAUAGUUCAAACCAUCCUCAUCUCAGCUGAUUUAUCAUCCAACAGACUCCCUGUAGUGACUGAAACUCUGCAAUAAUGGCUCUGUAGAUCUUCACUGCUGCUGCUUUCUGACCAGUGAUAGCAAGCACUACUAAAACUGUGAUGUUACACCCAAGUCUUUGAUCGUUUCCUCUGUGCAUGGACAUCGCUCAGUCUUUAAGUGACAGCGUCAUGUGACAGGAAAUGCCACUUGCUCUCUUAUGUAUGGUUUUGGCAUAGCACUGUGUGUAAACUCGGAUUUCGACACUGUAUAUGUAUAGGUAUAUGCAAAGCCGACACUAAGAAACCCUAGUCAGCUGUGUUCCAUACAGACUCUAUUUUUCUAUUUGUAUUUAGUUCAGGUUUAUCAGGUGAAACGACUGUUGGCAAUAGAUAGCUGUUUUCAACUUCUAGACAGAUCAUGGUGUUUACAUACUAAGACGAGCCACGCUGUACUCAGUUAAGCGCGCUAACUGGAAUAACAGUCAGGCUGGAUCGAAUAUGGUUUAUCAUGUACCCCAUGUUACUCUGUACAUGUCUGCCUUAAAGUGGUCAGCUGUGACCAGUGAUGUGUUGUAAUUUACCACUCAUAUCAGCUCUCUCCAUCCCUUUAACCUGAUGCGACUGGAAAAAAGAUCUCCUCCUCUCUCAGGACCCGUAAGCUGCCCUCUCGAUGACCUGAUCUAUUCGUCUCUGACCUAUUUAUCCACGUCAAAACAAAAGCACUGCAACAGUCGGUUUCAGAGCUAAUAUAAGUGAAAAUAGAAUGUGUCUGCUUUACUCAGACACACAAAAACAACUAUAUACAUGCUUAGGACAGUAAAUAGCAUUGUAAAAUGCAAAGGUUUUUCUUUAUUUAUGGGGUGAGAGAUACAAAUAAGACCUGACAUCAUUCAUUGCAGCUGUUUAGUAGUGUGACUCUACAUACAGUGAUUUUAUAACUGCUGAUAUCUAACAUGUUACAUGUUCUCCCCACUAGGGGAAUAGUCCAACCAAAAAUGAAAAUUCUUUCAUUUACUCACCCUCAUGUUGUUCAAACCUAUAUGACUUUAUUCCUUCUAUGGAACAUGAAAGACGUUAUUCUGAAGAACUGAAGAGUUUUGGUUCCCAUUGACUUCCAUUGUGUUUGUUCAAGAUCCACAGAUGAAAGCAAGUCAUACAGGUUUGGAACAACAUGAGAAUGAGAUUUUGGGUGGACUAUACCUUUA